UCCGCUCGCGAUCGACUCCACAAGUCAAACCCCCCUAACUUUCCGAUCAAGCUCUAGCAGUACUGCAGAGUGCAGACAGAGGAGUGCCGCUUCCGUUCGCCCGCUCCACCCUCCAUCCAUAUGGGUGCCGCGGCAGGGAAGGCCGUCGAAGGAUCGGCAUCUGCUGGGACAGCGCGAGCGGAGGACCGCCUUGCCGUUGCUGAGCGCGUUGUAUUCGACCUCGACUGCCGCCGCUCAUCCUACGACGGCACUAACGUUGGCAUAUGGGACGCGCAGGCGACGUGCACCAACAGGAGCCUCCUCGCCGCGAUCGACGAGAUAGUCUUCCUCAAGGAGACGCACGCGUUCCCCACAGCAUCCACUGCUGGCCGCCGCAUGGACGGAGCCCUCCGCGCCGCCAUGUCGCACCUCAUGGAGGAGGUCGUCAAGCUCAGGGUCUGGGACGGUUCUCAGCUGGAAGGCAGAAGCGGCCUUCGCUUCGCGGUCGAGAAGCUCUCUGUUUCCAUGGCAUCCCGCGGCUCCUCAUCGAUCGCCUUCCUUAUCGGUGACAGCACCAGCACGGCGAGGACCGGUGACAGCAUCAGCACGGUGAGGAGCAGCACAGGAGACUUUAGCUACAGCACCGUCGAUGAGCUGUACGCAUCCGGCGGGAGUCAACGGGGUGAAGUGACCGGCUUUAAGUCCCUGGAUGAGUUCGAUCUGAUCUGCCCGGGAAGCGUGUCCGUCCUCCAUGAGAUCUCAAAGCGGGUCAUCCGUGCCGGCUACACGAAAGAGCUGCUCCGGACAUUCGACAACGCUCCCUGCGACGUUUUAGACAGGUUCUUGUCGAUUCUUCAGAUGGGAUGUUUUCUGAGGACUGACAAGGUGAUCAGCUACGAGAACGCCGAGUGGUGGACAGCAGAGGACACGAUCAGGCGGUGGAUCUUGUCGACUAAACUGGUGGAGAAGGCCCUCGUCGCUAUGCAAAUGCAGCUCCAGGCGCAGGGGAAGGGCGCCUUCGACAGGUUCAAGAACUGCUACCUGAUGGCCAUCGCCAAGCGGAGCACUUCCAUCCUGCUCAUGUUUGCAAACGGGUUCACCAGCACGCACUCGCCGGAUAAGCUCAUAUACGUUCUGCAAAUGUACGAGGUGCUUGUUGACUCUGCCCCGGGCCUCAUGCUCGUGUUUACCGGGCAACACAAGGAGUUCAUGUCCUGCCAGGUCGAGGGGGUUCUCGCCAGGCUGGCGCGCGCACUGAGGGUCAUGACCGGCGGGCUCGUCACCAAGAUCCGACCCAGCGUUAGCUCGGUGGCGCUGAGCUCGACCGGCGUCCAUCCGCUGACGCGGAACACCAUGGCCAUCAUCGAGUCGCUGGCACCGCACCAUGGCGCGCUGGAUGUGAUCCUCGCGAGCACGAGCAGUGGACGACGGAAGGGCGAUGCAGAGGGGGUAAGCUCGUUCGGUGAUCUCGUCUCCGAGCUCAUCGCGUCUCUGGAAGCCAACAUCAGGGAGAUAUCCGCUCUCCACGGCGCGGAGGGUGGAGGCAUGUGGCACCUCUUCCACGCCAACAACACCGACUUCGUGCUGAAACACGCCGACGUGCUCGAGGGAGACGAUUGGACUGAAUGGCGCCAGAGCCGAGUGGAGCAGCACGUGACGGGCUACGUCGAGGCUUCCUGGGCGCCAGUCGUGGCUUGCCUCGAGGCCGCGGGCGCCAGCUUGAAGAUCCUGGCCAAGUUCAACUCCGCGCUUGAGAAAGUGUACAGCGGGCACCUAUGCUGCGAGGUCACUGAUCCGGCGCUCCGUGCGGAGCUGCGGAAGGCCGUGUCUGAUCGGGUCGUUGGUGCCUACGACGCGUAUCUCUUCAAGCACCCCAAGCUUCGCAACUCUGCCAGGUACACGGCCGAGAGCCUGGCCGAGUUGCUCUCGGACCUGUUCGAAGGAGAAGCUGGAGAGGGCACAAGCAACCGCUGAAUGAACUUACAAAUUAAUCUACAACUGAUCAAGGAACCGCACUUGUAUGGGCACUGCAUGUCGAAAGAAUAGUGCAAAAGAAUCAAAUCAAACUGCAUUAUGUAUUUUGCAGUUUGUAGUUAGUCGAAAAUCAAAUGGUACUAGAGAUCCAAAGUUCAGUUCUUCCUCAAAGAAGACGGUAACACAGAAUAUUUUCACAUGGCCAUCAAUUGGCGAGGCAAAAAAAAAAAUGUAUUUACAGUCUCUAGCGAGACGAGGGACAGA